GUCCUAUCGCAUUUGCAACCCCUGGAAUUCUUUCUUGUGAGGCAUUCCGCGACAUCGAGUAACACUUUGUCCUGUUAUCCUCGGCUGCCAAAUUUUAUCGCUCCUGCGUCCUGCUGAACUUUGAUUCACCUGUCAACUCUCUCUCGACCCCCCGAUCCGCGCCCCUUACCUGUGCCCAUCUUGCCGAGCGACUCGACUCUCAACAACAACUUCGUGCUGCAACCGUCGGCCGCGUCCGUCCUUAUCAAGCGACUCGAUCCCUCCUGAGCUUUUCAGUCUCGAGGCAUGACUGGCACUUCGAACCAGUCUAACCGUACAAGUCCGCGGUCCUAUAGCACCUCUCAGCGCACGCCCUCCGCUUCAUCGUCGGGCGCGUCACCUCCACACCAGCCGCUUUCUUCUUCUUCUCAGGCGCCCUCGACGGCCCAGAAUGCGAUGUCGACCGACGUGUAUCACCCCUCCGCGUCGCAGGUUGCGAACCCUCUAGGCCCCGAUUUCUCGUCCUAUUCCUUCUCGCCACUCAGCCCCUCCUCUUCCUUCGAUAACGCCCCUCCACAUACUUCCUCGUUUGAUACUGUGUCAUCUGCCGCCAUGCGCCUCGCUGAGUCGGAUCGGUCGGCACAGAACCUCAACGGCUUCAUCCGACAAGCCGAUGUGGUGGGCGGUGGCGCGAUCUUGAUGCGAAAGCUUCCCAAGAAUAUGAGUCGCGAGGCCUUGCGCAGCAUGUUUCUAUUUUCUAACGAACUGUUGGAUGCUGAUUUCGUACAUUCCGACCUUGCAGAGGACAAGGGGUUCCUAAGUGCGAUCGCGCGCUUCAGCAGCUUGUCGGCAGCGGAAGAGGCGCGAGCGUUGCUCGAUGGCAAGCCGAACUCGAAGAACGACGCCACCAUGGUAGUCGACCUUUACAACAAUGGCCCGUCGGCCCCAUUCAUCCCCCGGCGCAAUACAAUUGACCAUUCUGCUAGCCGCCUGCUAGGGAACGGACCAUCGACGCGACAGUCGCGUUUCAAUGGUACCUUCCAGACAAUGGAGAAGUUAUCAUCAGUUAAUCCAGCCGGCUCUUCCGCCAAUGAGUCCCUUCCGCCGUCCUCCGAAGCCAACUCACGCCUCCAUAAUAUCUUCGCUCCUCAGUCGCCGCUCGGUAAUGGAGUCCCUGAGUUUCCUCGCAUAAGCGGCAAGUCCAUGAUCGAUCAAGAUAUUGAUGAGGAUACCGGAGAGCUGCUGAAGGAUCCGGUCGGCUACGCUGAAAAUGGACACACUGGGUCCGUCUCGGUUCCGCGACGAUCUACCAAUCCCCAAAUUCCCACCAGCCACUUCGCCAACCUGUCACUGACCACAAACAUCACGUCCCCGCCAGUGCAAAACUACACCCCUGGUGGUUCCUCGCACUUGAACGUUUCAACCCCAUCCUCGGCCUAUCCUCAGGCUAUGAAUGGGACCGUGGCAAAUCCUGCGUUUCCCUAUGGCUCCCAGCAUACAGCCCGCCACAGCUUCCCGGCUGCCAACCCGAACGACAUGAACCCGCCUUGUAACACCCUGUAUGUGGGCAACCUCCCACCAGACACCCAAGAGGAGGAACUCAAAGCUCUAUUCUCGAAACAGCGCGGUUACAAGCGCCUCUGUUUCCGGAACAAGCAGAACGGGCCCAUGUGCUUUGUGGAGUUUGAGGAUGUACGCACCGCUGGCAAGACUCUCAACGAACUCUAUGGCUACAAACUCUCCAACAGUAUCAAAACGGGAAUACGUUUGAGCUUUUCGAAGAAUCCGCUUGGUGUUCGGUCUGGACAACAAGGCUCUAUGAGUUCGUCUAGUUCUCUUGCGGCGCAAGGUGCUAUGCAAGGAAACACUGGCGUUAGUGGGAUAUCGAGCCAUAUGUUCUCGACGGUCAGCGGACCACCUCCUGGCUUGUCUACGCCACCUGGCUUGGCGCCUCCAAUGGGGCUUAGAAACAACGGUGUUAUGCAUCCCUCCGGCUAUUCUCAUGGACAUGUACCUAUGAACGGGAUGAGCGGAAUGAACGGCUCCUUCAAUCCCAACCCAGGUUUGGGAAUUCGAGGGAACCCCCUGAACCCGGUGAUGAUGCCACCUCAACCCUUACACAACGGUGCAGCGAACGGCGGUAAUGUUGGACAACGCUCAGGCAACGCUACCCCGAACUAUCCCGAUUACAUGAUGGGGCGCUAAAACGACACGAUGUUUUGUACGGGACCAACGUCCGACAUGUUUGAACGAAUACUGGUAUAUCCGGCGCAUUAGGGGACUUUGUUUGUUUUUACCGGCUAGACAGCAUUUGGAGGGUCUCCUGCCCCUCAGGAGUAAGGAUAUUCGGACUAUGAACUUCUUCGGCUCGCUUCUUAAGGUUACUUCUGCUUG